AUGGCCUGCUCUGUGGCCGGCGGCUUGGGGGAGAAUCGCUGUCUGCCUCUCUGUGACAUCUUCAGCCCGGCCAUCACUGCAUCCUGCGGGCUGCCCCUGUGUGUGCCCCCCUCUGCCCUGGCUCUGAGGGUCGCCAUGAGGCACAGAUAUGGUAUCAAGCGGUCCGUCAACAAUGGACCCGACCACGUUGCGCGCGACCCCCGCCAAACAACGGGACCGCCCACAACUACAGCCAACCCUCAACACAACAUUAGACACAUCGACCACUUUGACCCCAGACUCGACCCACCGACGAGCCAAGCGACGUACCACGUGACAGACCGCUCACGGGCCCCCGGGGACCUCUCCGUCUAUGAGAGACAACCCCCGGCCGGACCCGCUGCAACGCAUCGGCACAUUAAAUACGAAACGCAUGGUGGAGACCCGCUCGGACCAUCCGACCGCGAAUUCGACCGCAUAGCUAGACACAUAACCCGCUUUGACCCCCGGCCCGGCAUGCCUACAAACACCCGGUCAUACCUCCGCGUCGUCGAAUUCCACGCCGACCGCAUACCACACGCAUCUCAAGAUGACAAAAUAUUCUUGAUUAGACUCACGUCCAAUGGAGAGGUGAAUGACUUCAUCGAAAGGCAACCAAAGGCUAUAAAACACGACUACAACAAGCUCUGCAAAGCCAUCCUAGCAGAAUACUCAGAAUACGGCGCCUCCGGGACCCUCACGGCAGCCAUGGCAGUCAAACAAGCUCACAACGAGCUUGCGGAAUGCUACUACCACAGGUUGCGACAGGCCUUCUUCAGCAACCGAAACUACGAAGGGAUGGAGGAAGACACGAAUUUGAGGGCCCUGUACCUCCAAAACCUCCACCCCAACCUCAGCCAGCUACUGGGCGUGUACGCCUGCCCCCUUACACAGGACAUACGGCAACUGAAGACCCUGGUGGCACGGGCACAAGGCAAACAUCUGCUCAAGACACAGGCGAAGCCGCAAACCCAACCUACAGUGUACAGUGUGGAAAACCACAUGGAACUUGAGGGCGCACCAACGGCCCGGAAACACAAAUGGGGAACCGACCACGGACCCCAAAGGAAUAACCAGAAACACGCGAACCCGAAGAACGGACAGCCACGCGACCAGCAACUCCCGCAAUAUGGCGAGAGACGCGCCGGCCAGGCCGACGGGAAAGACCGCGCGCCACAACGGUCCCACCAAGACCGCACUGCUACAACCAUUAAUAAGAGCAACCUUUCUAGGGAGGAACAAUCCCUCCUCCGCACGCUCCUGCGCAAAGCCAAAGAGAAGAAGACAGACAACGCCGACGUGUUCGCAGUGUCCGUGUCGGAUGACGCCGAGAACGCUCCCUACCACAUGGACGACGACCUCAGCGAACAGGAGCUAAAUGACGACUACUCAAACGCACAAACGGUGGACAUCUGCUACAACCAGAGGGAUGUCAUGGUAAUACAGGUAGAUACGACCAUACGUAAAAUGGCUCUAAUGCGACUGACCGUGGGCCCCAUGACACUGGUCUACCCGGUCUACAUCUCCCCAUUCAACACGCAGCCGCUCCUAUUGGGCCAGGACCUUCUAAAUCGGUUUAGCCCCUAA